AUGUGGGUGUCGGUGUGUGUCUGUGGAACAGCUUGUGCCAUCUCUGUGGAAACACCCACAAAAGUCCUACGAGCAGCCCGAGGGAACAGUGCCACACUCCCAUGUUUGUAUCAGCCAACAGUUACCACAAGAUCUGGAUUCAUCCAAUGGGAUAAACCUCUAAUGGACCCUCCAGAUCAAGUAGUCGUAUGGUCCUUCUCCUCAAAGCAGUACACCUUUGGGAAGCAUUAUGUAGAUCGAGUCAACCUGACCGGCAAGUAUCUGGAGAACGAUGCCUCCAUCACCAUCAGCCAGCUAAACAUGGAUGACAAUGGGACCUAUGAAUGCCUCGUGAUGCUCGAUGGAGAUUUGACCGACAACCGACAAGCGAGGAUGGAGCUCCUGGUUCUGGUGCGACCCUCCAAACCAGAUUGCAGCAUUGAGGGGGAAACUAUAUAUGGGAACAACAUCCAGCUAAAAUGCCAGUCCAAAGAGGGAUCUCCAGCCCCCCAGUACAGCUGGAAGGCCUUUGACAUCCAGAACAAGCAACGGCCACUCUCAUCCCCAGCCACAGGCAUGACCCUGCUUCUGAAAAACAUUUCUGAUGAUACUUCUGGCUAUUACAUCUGUACCUCUGCCAAUGAGAUGGGGAUGGAGUUGUGCAAUAUCACCGUUGCUGUCCGGCUUCCCUCAAUGAACAUUGCCCUGUAUGCUGGGAUCGCGGGAGGUGUGGUUGCUGCCCUCAUCAUCAUCGGCAUCAUUGUGUACUGUUGCUGCUGUAAGGACAGCAAGGAAAAAGACAGUGAGAGGCCAAAUCAAAAGGACUAUCAGGAACCUCCGGAGCAGAUGAGAGAAAUACGAAGAAGGCAUGACGACGAGGAAGACAGGAAUCAGGACAGGCAGAGUUCUGGGCAGGACUCACCUACACCCAGCGGGCGGUGA